CGACAAUGCAAAGGCAAAGUGCAUGUCAUGAAUUCAUGGGCUGUCCUCUUUCAUUUAGUUUUUCCCGAAAUGUAUGAUCACAUGUGAUGUAAUGUGAUAUGGACCUGUUUCAAGGAGCUGAAAAAAGAAGUGGAGUUUCCAGAUAAUGCUCUGAGCAGUAUAUAAUCUGUACCACAGAAGAGCUUGGCAGAAUCCAGAGAGAGAGCAAAAGAAGAUCGCACAGCAGACAGUCUCUGCCUUAUAAAUUUUGGAAGCAGAAAGCCUGAGGCAUCAGCAGUGAAACAGUCUAAUAGAGAUGACUACAUCCACGGAUAAACAGCAGGAGAUCUACAACCAGCAGGGCUUCCUCUCAGCACUGCCUGUAUUGACCGACACAGAACUGAGGGAGGCCAGACAUGCCUUUUCUGAGCUGGAGAAGGAAUUUGGUAAGCAUCACUGGAAGAUACUCAGGUCUGAGAGUGAAGAGUACACCCAGUACAGCCUUCACAAUGUUCACCUUCAGUAUCCAUGGGUGAUGGGCCUGACCACACACCCUCGCAUCCUGGAAGUAGUCAAAGCCAUCCUGGGCCCUGAUGUCAUCCUGCUGGACUCCCGCUUCAUCUGCAAAUACCCGACAGUCAAAGCAGCCAACAUCCAGGAGAAUGAAGGAGGUGAAACCAAAUCUGAAGGGAACACUGGAGAGAAUGGCCUGCCAUACGUGGCCUGGCAUCAGGACAUGAGGUAUUGGGGUAUUGCUGGUGGCUCUGUUCUCUCUGUGUGGCUCGCCUUAGAUGACUCACUGAAGGAAAAUGGAGCCCUUCAGGUCGUUCCAGGCAGCCACUGCUCUGGCAUGUUUCCCCAUCACCAAGCAUCCCGCCCUGGAAACAUGUUGUCAGUAAACCAGGAGAUCCCAGAGGAGCUGGUGCAGGCUGAUAAAGCUGUAUUUUGCCCUCUGUUGGCUGGGCAGAUGUCUAUCCAUGAUGGACUCCUCGUCCAUGCCAGUGAUGCCAACACAUCCCAGAGGAGGCGCUGUGGGUUUGUGAUCCGUUAUGUUCCCACCUGUGCUUACCCCAUACAGGAUCCAGAUCGUCCCAGGAAAUUUCAUGCCACAGUGUUAGCCUGUGGAACAGAUCAGUUCAACCAUUUCUCCAACAAAAGCACAUGAAUACUUCCUGGAUUCUUCCUACUUUCAAGAACAGUUACUUUUUCAUUUACUUCUGCACAUCUUUGUUCUAUGUUUAUAAAUGAUAUAACAUAUUAAAAAUAACCAGUGAUUUCUAUGGUAUAGUUGUACUUUAUUGUAUAGUAUUGAUUGUGAAAAGAUUAUGAAUUGAUUAUUUAGUUUUAGUUUAAGUUAUUUAAUUGUUCAGAAAAAGUGAACAUUGUAUUGUGCCAUAUACAGAUUCAACCGGACUGUUUCAUAAAGCUUUAAAAUAAAUGUCAAAAUAACCUAACAUCA